GAUUACUAGACAUGUUAUGUUACUGAGUUUCAAAUUUGGUCUUCUCUCUCAUUUGAUUACAAUCUCUUCAUGUGGUCCAUUCAUAGAAAGAUAUUUUUUGAUAUGUGUGUUAGAAAUAAUAUAAAAUCAUUGAUAUGAUUCUAUCCUAACAGCUCAAAGUUUUUGAGAUAAUCGGUUAUUUGACGAUGUGUUCUUUACUUGCAACUUCAUCUAAUGAAAUAAAAUAAAAUGAAAUACUAUAAGAUAAGAUAAAUAACAGCUCAUUCCAACCAUCAUAACCACAGCUACACUACACUUACAUACACUCUGGUCAACAAGGCUCUUUGGCAUUAGUUGAUUUAUGCUUGUAGUGUCGGUGCCUAAAUCAGGAGGUGAAAUUAGCAGAACAUCAAUCAACCACUGUUAUUUGCAUAGAAAUAGUCAAGAAGUUUGAUCAGGAUGGACGCUCUUUCUAGCAUAGCGUCAAACGUGGCUUUACCUCUCCUACGACAAUUUACUUAUGUGUUGAUGUACAACAGUUACCUCAUUGAACUCGAGACUGAGAUUCAGAAGCUGCAGAGGGAGGAGAAAGAAAUGAAGCACAGUGUUGAAGCUGCAAAAAGGAAUGGUGAAGAGAUUGAAGACACGAUUCGCGACUGGUUUUCUAGGGUGCAAUCAUCCAUAGAAGAAGCACAAUCAUUCCUUCAAGGCGAAGACAAAGAAAGAGUUGGAUGCUUAGAUGUGUACUCGAGGUACACGAACAGUCAGAGAGCAAAAAGCCUGGUGGAUAUUCUUUGUGGAAUAAAAAAAGAAACAUUUGAUAGAAUUUCAUACCGUUGUGCAUUGAAAUGCAAUUUCAGUUCUAGUGCUAGAGGUUAUGUGGAUUUGGAAUCAAGAACAACAAUGUUGAAUGAAAUUUUGAGUGUCUUAAAAGAGGAUUCUACUGUUCACAUGAUUGGAGUGUAUGGAAUGGCUGGUGUAGGUAAAACUGCAUUGGUGAAGGAGCUAGCAUGGAAAGCCGAGAAAGAUAGUAUAUUCGAUGUGGUAGUGGUGGCUAAUGUGACAAAGUCUCCUGAUGUGGGAACGAUUCGAGCCGAAAUAGCUGAUGGGUUAGGGCUUAAGUUUGAUGAGCUGACUGAGGUAGGACGGGCGAGUCGGUUACGUCAAAGGAUUAGGCAGGAGAUGAAGAUUCUUGUGGUAUUGGACGAUAUUUGGGGGAAGCUUAGUUUAACCGAGGUUGGUGUUCCUUUUGGUGACGAUCAUGAAGGUUGCAAAGUGUUGGUAACAUCCAGAGAUCUUAAUGUGUUGGCUACUGACUUAGGUGCAAAGAAGGUUUAUAGACUCGAAGUUUUGUCCGAGGAUGAGAGUUGGAAAUUGUUUGAAAAGAGAGGAGAGAAUGCUGUUACAGAUCUUAGCAUUCAACCUGUAGCAAUGAAAGUAGCCAAAAAUUGUGCUGGUUUGCCACUUUUGAUUGUUAAUUUGGUGGAAGCAUUGAAGAACAAGGAUUUAUAUGCUUGGAAGGAUGCACUCGAGCAGUUAACAAAUUUCGAUUUUGAUGGAUGUUUCUAUUCUAAAGUGUAUUCAGCUAUUGAACUAAGUUAUGAUUCUUUAGAAAGCCAAGAACUCAAAACAUUCUUCCUUCUUUUAGGUUCAAUGGGAAAUGGUUAUAACGUAAAAGAUUUGUUGGUGUAUGGUUGGUGUUUAGGUUUGCAUAAACAUGUCGAUACAUUGGCAGAUGGAAGAAACAGACUUCACAAAUUGAUAGACAAUUUGAGAGAUGCAUGUUUUCUUCUUGAAGGCGAAAGAGAUUCUGUUGAGGCGCUUGAAGUUGUUCGAGUAGUGGCUGCCUCCAUUUCAUCCAAGCUGAAGCCGUUCUUUGCCGUGGAGAGAAAUGCCAAAUUGAAAGAAUGGCCAAGAAAAGAUUUUUUGAAAAAUUGUCAUCAUAUUUUCUUGGAUUGGUGUUUGAUUGAUGAACUUCCUGAGAGGUUAGAAUGUCCUAACUUGAAGAUACUCAAACUUCACUCUCAAGGUAACCAUUUGAAAGUUCAUGAUAAUUUCUUUGAUCAAAUGAAAGAACUUAAGGUACUAAGUUUAGGAGGCGUGAAUUGUACUCCGUCACUUCCUUCAUCUCUAGCUCUUUUGACAAACCUCCAAGCACUUGCUCUUUGUAAAUGCGUGUUGGAAGACAUUUCUAUUGUUGGAGAAAUCACAAGUUUAGAGAUUCUUAAUCUCUCAGAAUCCGAGCUUAGAGUGAUCCCUCCUGAAAUACAAAAAUUGAUAAAUCUACGGUUGCUCAACUUGACUGAUUGCUCAACACUUCAAAUAGUACCUCGCAAUCUGCUAUCAAGCCUGACAAGCUUAGAAGAGCUCUAUAUGGGGAUCUCUAAUGUUCAAUGGGAGGUUAAGGUUAAAGAAAUUGAAAACCUAAACAAAUAUUCAAUUCUAAGUGAGUUGAAAAAUUUGCAUCAACUAUCAACUUUGAAUAUGCACAUAAACGAUGCUUCACUUUUUCCUAGAGACAUGCUUUCUUUUGGAAGACUAGAAAGUUACAAGAUUUUGAUCGGUCAAGGAUGGAAAUUUUCCGAGGAGGAGUCUGAGAACUACAAAAGUUCAAGAAUUCUUAAGCUCAAUUUGAGCAUGGAUCCAAGAUUUCUCAUGGAUUAUGGAAUAAAAAUGUUGAUGAAUCGCGCUGAAGAUUUGUAUUUAGCUGAACUGAAAGGUGUCAAAGAAGUACUUUAUGAAUUGAAUGAUGAAGGAUUUUCGCGAUUGAAGCAUCUUAAUAUUCAAAAUUGUGAUGAAAUGGAGAGCAUUAUCGGAUCAACCAUAUGGUCUCAUCAUGAUAAUGCUUUUCCCAACUUGGAAUCUUUGAUUCUUCAUAAUGUGAUGAAAUUGGAGAGAAUAUGCAGUGAACCACUUCCAACGCAGGCUUUUGCAAAACUACAAGUUGUUAAAGUGAAAAAUUGUGAUUUGAUGGAAUUUGUUUUCUUGCAUUCAAUGGUUCAACACCUUUCAGAACUUGUUGAAAUUGAGAUUUCUGAAUGUAGAAUUAUGAAUUACAUCAUAGCCAAGAAAAGACAAGAGGAUGAAGGAGAAACUGACAAGAUCGCGCUCCCAAAAUUGCGUUCACUCACACUGGAAUCUUUACCUUCCCUUGUUAGUCUCUCUCCUGAGUCAUGCAUUAAGGAUAGUGAAAACAACAGUGACUUCUCUAGUCAACUUUUGAAUGAUAAGGUUGAAUUUCCAUGUUUAGAGACCUUGAAGAUUCACUCAAUCAAUGUCCAGAGGAUAUGGGAUGACCAACUUUCAACACAUUCUUGCUUCGAAAAUUUGACCAAAUUGACUGUAGAUGGUUGUGAAAAUUUGAAAUAUCUAUUUUCAUACUCAGUGGCUGAAAGACUUGUGAAACUUGAACAUCUUUUAAUUGGUUCAUGCAAAUUGGUAGAGGAGAUAUUUGUCCCUGGUGAAAUUAUGAGUCACAUUGCUCAUGUCCAUGAUGAAAUUAUGAGUCACAUUCCUCAUAUUAGAAAAUCUUCACAUGUUGAAAUGGUUCCAAUUUUCCCCAAUUUGGAGACAUUAGUGAUUUCUAACAUGGACAACUUGAAGUCAAUAUGGCCUAACCAACUCACUGAAAACUCCUUUUGCAAGUUGAAAGAAAUGGAAAUCACAUCAUGUGACCAGCUUUUGAAUGUGUUCCCAAGUCAUGUGCUAAACAAAUUACAAAGCAUGGAAUCAUUGAGUAUAAGCAACUGUCUUGCACUAGAAGUUGUAUAUGAAAUUGAUGCUAUAAGAGAAGAAGAAGAGCUUGAAAUUUCAUUGAGGACUUUAUCUUUAGGAAAUUUGCCAAAUCUAAAGUAUUUGUGGAAUAAGGAUCCUCAAGGAAAUAUCAAGUAUCAAAACCUGUUUAAGGUUAAAGUAACAAAAUGUGAAAGUCUAAAACAUAUGUUUCCAUUUUCUGUGGCUAAAGAUCUUUUGCAACUACAAGUCCUUGAGAUAAGUGAUUCUGGCGUAGAGGAAAUUAUCGCCAAAGAUCAAGGAGAGGAUAAAGAGGAACAUGUUGGACUUGUUUUCACAAGAUUACUGUCCUUAAAGUUUUUGAAUUUGCAAGAACUUAGAUGCUUUUGUAGUGGAAAUCACAACUUUAGAUUCCCAUUGUUGAAUAAAUUAUAUGUGGUUGAGUGUCCUAAAAUGGAGACUUUCUCUCAUGGAAUCUUAAGGGCAUCAAUUCUUAGAAAAAUAUGUUUGAACCAGAAUGGAGAUCAAUGGUACUGGGAAGGUGACCUUAAUACUACUAUAAGAAAUCUUUUCAAUAGAGGUUUCCAAGGAAGACUAUUGGUUUCAUAGAAAUAGCAGAGGAUGAAAUAGCAAAUUCUUUGCCUGCACUUUCUUUCUGUCUAAUAAUGUAGCAUGGAUUUCACAAAGAUCAACUAGUUAUUGGCUCAAUAUACUCUGAUGUACAAAACUCUAAGCAUUGUGCCUAUAAGAAGUUUAAUGCACAUUGUUGUAAUCUUUGUUUGAUAUAUUAAAUUAUAACCAAGAAAUGUACAUUUAUAUUGAUGUUCUAUAAUCUUUUGUUUGAUUUUCAUAAGAACUUCGGAAA